AGCGGCGGGCGCUCGGCGCUCGAUUGCGGCGGCUGCUCGCGGCGCGGCUCGGCGCUGGAUUGGCGGGGGCUGCGCGGCGGGCGCAAGAUGGCGGCGGCGCUGGGCCGGGGGCUGGACAUCAGCCUGGCGGCGCUGCGGCAGCACGACCCCUACAUCAGCGGCAUCGUGGACGUGGCCAGCCAGGUGGCGCUCUACACCUUCGGCCACCGCGCCAGCCAGUGGGAGAAGACAGAUGUGGAGGGAACACUGUUUGUUUACACAAGAUCUGCUUCUCCAAGGCAUGGUUUCACAAUUAUGAACAGACUGAGCAUGGAAAAUCGAACAGAACCCAUUACUAAAGACCUCGAUUUCCAGCUCCAGGACCCUUUUCUGCUCUACAGAAAUGCCAGAUUGUCCAUAUAUGGGAUUUGGUUUUAUGAUAAGGAAGAAUGCCAAAGAAUUGCAGAGCUCAUGAAAAACCUAACUCAGCAGGAACAAUUCAAAGCACAGCAGGGCACAGGAUCAGGAGUGUCCCCCAUGAUCAUGAAUUCUGCUAAUAACAAAGAAGUGGAUAUCUUAAGGAUGCUUACCAAGGCCAAAGAUGAGUAUACCAAGUGUAAGACCUGCUCAGAGCCAAAACAAAUAACCAGUUCCUCUGCAAUCUAUAGCAACCCCAACCUAAUCAAACCCAUUCCAGUGAAGCCAAGUGAGAAUCAGCAUCAGAGAAUCUCCCAGCAGAGCAAGGCUGUGGAUCCUGAGCCCCAGCACCUGUCCUUGACAGCGCUGUUUGGCAAACAGGACAAGGCCGAUGGCUGCGAGCCGCUGAACAAGCAGCACCAGGAGAGCCUGCCUGCCAGGCAGGGUGUGGUUCGCUCGCUGUCCUACGAGGAGCCCAGCAGACACUCCCCCUGCGCGGAGAAGCAGCUGUGCCCCGCCAUCCAGAAGCUCAUGGUGCGUGGCACAGAGCUCCAUCCCCUGGCUGAGUUCCCCGAGAGCCGCCUCUGUGAAAACGGCAAUGUCCCCCGCGUGGGGGACACUUUGACGGGGCUCUUCCAGCCUGUGGCUUCCCACGGCGUGGCAGCCGGGGCUCAGGACGCUGCUGGCACCCAGAGCUUACUGCACAAGUUGCAAAGUCAGUCAGGGUCGGUGGCUAAAGUGGACCCCAGUGCCACGGGAGCUGUGAACUCAACAGUGUCCGUGUUCAGCAGGACUCCUGCUCCUGUUGGAGCACCAGUAAAUAACAUGAGCCAGCCCCCUCUGGUGUAUUUCAAUGGGUCCUUACCAGGCCAGACUUUAGAGGGUAAAGAACAAUCCAAACUUCCCAGACAGCCACUUCCUCUCUCUGGCAAUCAAACAGCCAAUUCUGGGGUGAUUUCACCUCAAGAAUUACUGAAAAAACUCCAGAUCGUGCAACAAGAACAGCAGCUCCACGUAUCCAGCAGACCAACGUUGGCAGCCAAGUUCCCAGUUGUUACCCAGAACACCAGUACCCUGAAACCACUGGAUUCCUGGAUAGAAAAGGCUCCAGGCACAGAAAAACAGAGUGCUCUCUUCCAGGUCAUCUCUCCUCAGCGCAUCCCUGCCACUGUGACCCCCACGCUGCUGAUGUCCCCCAUGGUGUUCAGCCAGCCCACGCCCGCUCCGCCCAAAGGCGCUGACAGCGGGCGCUUGGCAGCAGCGAACCCCGAGCCCGCGGCCGGCUCGGCCAGCCUGCUCCUGCCCCUGCCUGCCCCGGAGCCAGCCGUGGCCAGCAGCCCCUCCAUCAGCAAGCUGCAGCUGCAGGAAACGCUGCUGCACCUCAUCCAGAAUGAUGACAACUUCCUAAACAUUAUUUAUGAAGCAUAUCUCUUCAGUGUGAGGAAGGCAGCCAUGAAAAAGUCUGUGUGAAGGAUUCUCUUUUAAAUCAAUUUCCUGAACUCCAGGAAGAAGGUUUUGAAAUUUUCAAGUAUGAUUAUGUUUGAAGAAAUGAAUGGUCUUAGGUAUUUUGCAUACAUAGAUUUUCCUUGUUGGCAAAUACAUGCUGUACUGAGAAAAAAAAAGUGAGCAGAAAUGGAUUGUGCCUUUAGCGAGGGGAGCGUCACGACGCUGAAGAAUUAAUCACAAAAUAUCUUAAAUUAUUUUCCUUACCCUGGUCCAGACUUAGAGUUGGUUUCCCGGCAUAAGGACUCCGUUCUCAGGAUCCAGUUUCCUUUUUUACUUGCAGCCUGGUUACUCGUUGCCGAGGUAUUUGUCCCUGGUUUUCCCUGAGCCGUCCUGAGCAGGGACCACAUGGUGGCAAUGUUGGACUGUUCUUAGGAACGUGAAAAUCCACUGAAAUUUUGGAACGGGAGGCUUCGGGAACUCAUCGUCAUUUACUUGUCUUGAAGCAGUUUAGAAGUGGUGUCAUGACUUCCCCCAAAAUUUUUGUAGGAAAAUGUUUUUCUAUUUUGACAAGAGUAUUUUUAGCUAGAUGUAGAAAUGGGAUUCUGCAGGUGUUCGAGGAACUGGGAGGGGUGGGGGGUUUGUGAAUGUACUUGUUGUCACAGAGCUCUGAGGUGACACUGGAUUCAUGUUUCUAUUAUUCCAGGUCCAAUCUGCAUAAUUAUAAGCAAUGUGAAAAUUUGUUAAGGGGAAUGCUACCUGGUGUAAUUGGUUUUUUUUAAAGCGUGUUCCUGGAGCACAAUGAUUUCAUUGAUCCAUUUCUAAAAAAAAAAAUAAAAAUGGAUAAUUCCUACGAUGUGCUGAUUUCAUUUUAUUGCACCAUUGGCCAUAUAUGUAGUUUGUAUGACUCUAAAAUGUUUUUACACUUGGCAGAAGACACAUGAGGCUUUAAAUCAACUAGAAUAAAUGAUUGAAAGAAUUUUUAUGUAUAUUUUUAUUAGCAUCUGCUGCUGAAAUGCCAGUUUGCUACAGUUUAGGAAUACACAGUUGUUGCUGAGGAGGCAUUUCUUCUGUGGGUGCAGAGAACCCAAACUGUAAUCCAUGAAUGAUUACUCAGUCUUCUUUACUGUGAGCUUUGAUGUAAGCACAUCUCAGUAGCCUCAUCUGUGAAAGUUCUUUAGUGUCAAUUUGGCUGCAGGUUUCAAUUAGUAGAAUUGUAAUGAGCCAAACAGUUGCUCCUGCCCCAUGCAAGGGUAGGGGGAAUUUGCUCCCAUUUAUUGGGAAGGGCUCUAAAUACAUAGAAAAAUAACAAGUCAAGAGCUCCUUUCUUUAUUCAUAUAAGCAAAUAACUCCAAGAAACUGCUGGAGUUUCCCUACACUAAGUAACUGGUAGGCAGCCAGUCACACUCUGGUUGCAUUAUGUUACUUUAUGUUUCUUGCAGAUUCAGUAAAAUAAAUGUGUUGAGCAGAUACUGGGAAAAGCAGACUUUAAAUAUUUGUAAAUUCUAAUCCUGUAGCCUUCAUAAUUUAUAUAGCCUUUAUAAUUUAUGGGAUUCUACUGAGUUAAUUAGUAUUAUUUCAGAAUGAACUGGUGUGGAAGAAAUUGCAAUCUACACAAAAGAGUUUGAAACUAAAUACAUGGAUAAUUGGUGUCUGUGAUGUUGGAUCAUCUCAGAGUGCAAUUUAAAGAUGAUGGGGACACAUAGUUAAGACCUCAUUUGACAUGUAGAACUUCUGUAAUUGGUGGGUAAAAAUAAUCCUUAAGCAUCUCAAGUUAUCUUGGUAACAGAUUUUCUACUUAUGGGGGAAAUAUUUUAUUUACUAGAAGGCAAGUAGAAAUGUUAAAAUCAUUCUUAUUUAUUGCUUGUCAG